AUGCAAUGUAACGACAUCGAGUCAGAGAGCCAUACCGGUCCUGACAUAGAUACGCUUCUGCAUCAGUUGGUGUGGCGUCGUCCAGCUGUCCACGAAACGCCGCGGCUCUUGGAUAAUGUAAUUCUGAUUGUUACCGACGGCUUACAUUUGACCAGUUACAUCCAGGAUCUAGAGCCUAAGACGCACAAACUUCUCCACAUAUCGUCUGUGAGGAGAUUGACAGAUCUAAGAAUAACUGACAUCCUAGUGAGAAGUAAUGCUGUCGUCCUCUACGUCCCGGAAAGGGUGAUGGGGACCCAAGAUGCUACUAGAAUAGCGCACGCCGCUGUGUACGAUGCAGCAAACAUAUUAUCUACACUCGUGCACGUUGGAAGCACAACAAAGGUGUUCGUGCUAUUGAGUGAUUUGCACAAGACCCAACGCCUCGGUCGGGUUCCCUAUCACUCCUUGUACCGGUUCUCGCGCGUAGCGACUUCCGAACACUCUGAUAUCUGGGGCGGCUUAAUCGAUCAUGAAGGGACAGCAUUCCCUCUCUUUGCUGUCCAACGUGUGCAAGAACAAACUGUCGUUCGAACACAAGACAACACGCCACGCGUAGCACAGAUGGAAUCGCUCCCUGUGGACACCAAGUCCGCCCAUCGCCCUACUAGUCUUUUACCUCAACCCGGCGGGACUUAUGUUGUCACCGUCGAGAAAGGGGCGCGCAGUAUCAUUGUUGUAUUGCGCCGCAUGCUUCCACCUCGACAUAAAUGGUCGACCGCAUCAAGACCAUUGGCUGUGGUGCUGGAACGUAUCCAGCAACUGAAGAUGAGGGGAGUGGAAAUACACACCCUGCAGCUGAACAUGAGUUCUCGCAGCGCAUCUCACAAGCUCACAGACGCUAUUAAGCGUCUCUCCCCUCUUCCCGUGCUGGGUGUUAUCCAUGCUGCGGCUGUACCGGGGUUUGGAUAUAUCAAGGAUACCAAUGCCGAGAGCUACGCAAGCGUGAUGGCGCCCAAGAUUGCAGGCGCUCUCGCUCUGCACGAAGUUUUCCCACCUGGCACCCUUGAUUUCUGGCUUGUUUUGUCAUCUAUCAGUGGAAUUAUUGGGACGCUAAGUCAUUUUGCGUACGCUGCAUCGAACGCGUUUCUUGAUGGGCUAGCUGAAUAUCGGCUGUCCCAAGGCUGCAACAUCUGGCGUGGGCUGGGUCUAGCAUCAAACACCACCAUUGUGAAUUCCGAGCUACAGGCUGCAGGCAUGGGAGACAUCACAUCGGCAGAAGCCUUCGAAGUGUGGCAACGCCUCUCCGGCGUCAACACUGACCACGCAGUAGUCACUCGGCUACAAAUACCCGACGCUGACGAACCAGUGCCAAUUGAUCUCAUUCGCGAAGUUGUACUACGCCGCGUAUUAGCUACAGGGCCAUCGAAGGGACCAUUGUUUAAUCUACAAUGA